CGCAACGGUCAGAAGCUCAUCCACGACGGCUUCAUCUACAACCUCCGCUACACCGCAAAGAAUGGCAACCGCACCUGGUGCUGCGAGAAAGGCAUCGUUGGCCGCGACGCCACCACGACCAACCUGAAGCGGGCUUGCUGGAGGACACGGUUGUCAGAACAGAACAAGCGCCUGAAGAGCGGGGAGCAAGCGCCGCGGGAUUUCGACUACUCCACGCUGGAGGUGCUCACCGCCCCUGACACUCUCAAGCAGGUGGACGGCGAGGAGUUCCUGGCGUACGACAGUGGGGCUGCAGCGGGCGACGAGCGCAUCCAGGUGCGGGGCUGCACGAAGAACUUCGACUUCCUGGCCACGGCGGACGUCUGGCUGGCAGACGGCACGUUCCGCAUGGCGCCUGCCCCCUUCCUCCAGGUGUACACGGUGCACGGAUACCAGAACGGAUACGUCGUGCCUUGCUGUUACAUCUUGCUGGCGGACAAGAAAAUGGCAACGUACAAGCGCGCUUGGGAGGCCGUGCUCCAAUUGCUCUCCCCCGAGGACCCCGAGCCGACCCUUCUGCUCGAUUACGAGAAGGCUUCCUACCAGGCGGCCUCGGCCGUGUUCCACGAGAUCAACAUCGGCGGGUGCUACUUCCACUUCCGCGCCGCCGUGCACAAGCGCGUGGUCGACCUGGGCUUGAGCAACAGGUACGGCGGGAACGCUGAGUUUCGCCUGCGCGUCGGGAAGCUAUGCGCCCUCACGUUCCUCCCCGUCGACUCCGUGGCGGACUGGUUCGAGACCCUGGCCACCGAAUUCCACAACGAGGAGCUCGAGCUCGUGUCGCACUUCGAGAAAACGUGGGUGGGCGAGAAACCGGCCAGAGCCAGGGUGCGGAAGGCCCCUGCGUUUCCCGUGGAGAUCUGGAACGUUCACCAUCGCACGCUCGACAAGAAGUUCCCCACCACGAACGCAGCGGAACUCUCCCACCGCCACCAUGCGGCUCAGUUCCACAAGGGCGCCCAUCCCGCGCACCCGACCUUCGUCCUGAGUUUGCACAAGCAGCAGAGGAUCACCGGCCGGGACAACGCUGAGAUCGCCGUGGGGGGCGAGAAGAAGCUGCGCGAGUCCACGCGGGUUCGUGGAGACAAGCAGUGCAAUUUGGUGAACAAGUAUUUGGGGGGCGAGGACGGGGUCUCCCUCGUGACGCAGCUGGCAUGCCUGGCCAUGAGCGAGGAGU